AUGCUUUACCGCAUGUCCGCCGCCCGCGCGGCCUUCCGCGCUGCUUCCAGCUCUAAUGCCUCUGCUGCUGUUCGAGCUACCAUCCCUGGCAACUUCUUUCGGGCUCAAUUGACCUCUGCUGCCCGCCAACGUCUUACCACACCUAGCCUCGCUUUGGCCGUUCGCAAGCCGGUUACCACCGCCCUCGUCCGCUAUGCUUCUACCGCUACAGGGAAGGGUGCUUCGGCUGCUGUUCUUCACGAGGAGGAGGAACCUGAUAUGCUCGCUGGUGUCAAGAGCGAUGCGAAAGUUAUCAAGGAAACCUUCACCCUCAGUGAAGUUCCCAAGGAGGCUCUUUACUUCGGUCUCGCUGGUGUUGUUCCUUACUUGGUGACCUCUUUGAACACCUGCUACCUCGCAUGGGAAAUGAACAACAACGUUGUCAAUGGCUCUGGGUUUUUGCUCUCCGAAGAGACUGCCUCUUUCUUGCUCCAACUUACUGAGCCUAUCCAGGUCGGAUACGGUGCCGUCAUCUUGUCCUUCCUCGGUGCCAUCCACUGGGGUCUCGAGUGGGCUGGAUAUGGUGGCAAGCGCGGCUUCCGCCGAUAUGCCACUGGCUGCAUUGCCCCUGCUGUGGCUUGGCCCACCUUGUUGCUCCCCGUUGAGUACGCCCUUAUCACCCAGUUCCUCGCCUUCACGUUCUUGUACUACAACGACGCUCGUGCUGCCAGCCGAGGAUUUGCUCCUGCCUGGUACGGCAUGUACCGCUUCGUCUUGACCUUUGUUGUUGGUGCCAGCAUUGUCGCCACCCUCAUUGGCCGCGAGCGCGUUACCCAGAGCGAGUCCAAGGAGCACACUUUGACUGAGAAGAUCCAGGCUCUUCUCUUCCUCCGCAAGAAGGAGAUUGAGGAGGCCAAGCAGCGUGCUCAGGAGGCCAAGGAGGAGUAA